AUAGGUGGUAUAGGUGGUAUAGGUGGUAUAGGUGGUAUAGGUAGUGUAGGUGGUGUAAACAUUUAGACCCAGCAUUCAGGAGGCAGAGGCAGUUGGAUUUCUGUGACUUCUAGGCCAGCCUGGUCACAGAGAAACUUCCAAGACAGCCAGGGCUACAGAGAGAAGCCCUGUCCUGGGCCAGCCAUCACCCCCUCAAGAAAAAAAAGUGUGUGUGUGUGUGUGUGUGUGUGUGUGUGUGUGUGUGUGUGGCUUUAAGGAUUGUGUUUAGGGUCUUAGACAUAUUGAGUACAUAUCAUGAUUAUAUUUCUAGCUUAAGGUAGUAUCUUUUAAUCUUUAUGUUUUACUUUAUGUGUUUAAGUGUUUUGCCUGCAUAUAUGUCUGUGUACCAUUUGUGUGACUGAUUCCCAUGGAGGCCAACAGAGGGUGUUGGAUCAUCAGGGAUUCGAGUUAUAAGUAGGUGUAAGUGAGUGCUGGAAAUGAAAUGCUGGUCUUCUGGAGGGAGCAAUCUGGGCUCUUAAAUCUUGAGCCAUUUCUCUAGUCCAAAGAUGAGAUAGUUUUAAAAACCUAUUUUUAAUUAUUUUUGGGAGUUGGGUAUCUAAAUGGUGUGUUAAUUGCAAACUAUUUUCCCUACAGUGCUAUGUAAAUGAUGGGAUGUGUUCACAUGGCUACAAGAGAGCAUAUGCCUGCAUACAUGCACACGUGUGCUUGCAGGUGCAUGUGGAGGCCAGAUCACAACUUCAGGUGUCAUUUUUCAUGAACUGUUUAUCUUGUUUAAAAGUUUUAGCUUCAUGUUCAAUUAUAUUUUCAUGUAUGUGUCUGCACACAAGUGCAGGUGACAGUAUAGGCCAGAGAUGUUAGAUCCUCUGGAACUAGAAUUCAGAUUGUUGUUGAGCCACUUGGCGUGGAUGCUGAGAACUGAGCUCGGGUCCUCUGGAGGAGCAGCAAGUGCCAUCUUCUAGUCACCUGCCUUGCUUUUUGAGACAGUUUUUCUCAGUGGGACUGGGUGCUUGCAGUUCAGACCAGGGUGGUUAGCUAGUGAGCUCCAGAGAUCUGUUUGCCUCCAUUUCCCCAAUGCUGGGAUCACAAAUGGUUCUGGGGAUCAAACUAUGUUCUCUUAUUGGUAAGGCAGCACUUCAUCUACUUGAGUGUCCCCAAACCGUGUUUUUUUUUUUUUUAAGAUUUAUUCAUUUAUUAUAUAUAAGUACACUGUAGCUGUCUUCAGACACACCAGAAGAGGGCAUCGGAUCUCUUUACAGAUGGUUGUGAGCCACCAUGUGGUUGCUGGGAAUUGAACUCAGGACCUCUGGAAGAGCAGUUGGGUGCUCUUAACCGCUGAGCCAUCUCUCCAGCCCCCAAACCGUAUUUUUGCAGUUAACUUUCUUUUCCUUUUUUGUUUUUGUUUUUGAGACAGGGUCUUACUAUAUUAUAGCUCUUAGCUGUCUGGAGCUCCCUAGUAGACCAGGAUGGUCUCAAAUUAAAAGACAUCUGCAAAUACUGGGAUUAAAGACUUGUGCCACUUUGUCUGGCUUAUUGUGAAAUUUUCAAUCAUUGUAGAAAACUCUAUUGUAAAGUUUUUACUUGGGGUUUUUAAAUUUGUGUGUGUCUCUUGCCUAAUAGCUCAGGUUGGCUUGGAACAUAUGUACCUAAGGAUGACUGCACUGAAUCACCUCUGCUAAUAUUAUAGACAUGCAUCACUAUACCCUGAUAGUCAAUAAUUUUUAAAACUUUGCCGCAUUGCUUUAUCCUUAAUUUUUUGUUUUAUCAAUCUUUGUUUAAAUUUUUAAAAAAUUUUAUGUGUAUAAAUGUUUGCCUGCAUGUAUGUAUGUUUACCAUGUGCAUGAUUUGUGCUGAGGAGUCUAGAAGUAGCCAUUGGAGCUCCUUAGAUAUAUGUAAGCAACCACUCAGUAUCUGAACCCGGGUACUCUAUAAGAGCUGCAAGAUGCUCUUAACCACUGAGCCAUUUCUCCAUCCUGUUUUACCAUUUAAAUUUUUUUAUUUUUAUUAUUAAAAAUUAUGUGUAUAGGCUGGACAGCUAUGGUGCAUAUCUUUAAUCUCUGCACUUGGGAGGUAGAGGCAGGUGGAUCUCUAUGAGUUUGAGGCCAGUCUGGUCUACAGAGUGAGUUCCAGGACAACUGAGACUACAUAGAGAAACCCUGUCUUGGGGGGAAAAAAGAUGGGGAAAAAAGUAUAUCUAGUGUGGGUGUAUGCAUGUGUGUGCAGCUGCCUAAGGAGACCAGAAGUGUGAACUCCCCCUGGAGCUGGAGUUCACGAAGUUGUGAGCAGCUGGAUAAGGGUAAUGUACAAACUGGUCCUCUGGAAAAAACAGCACACAUUCUUAACCUUUGAGCCACCUCUCUAGCCCCUGUUUUUAUCAUUAUUGAUAUAAACAUCUUUCCCUAAAUGUUUCAGCAUUCUCAGAUGUGUUUUAUGCAUACAUAUAACACACCACACACCCCAGAUUUUUAACUCAUUUUUAUUUAUUUUUUUAACAUUUUAUUGUUGUUAGGUAUAAUAUGUGUGCCUCUGUAUGAGUGCUCAUGUGUUCCACAGUACAUGUGUGGACGUCAAAGGAUAAUUUUGAGGAGUUCAUUCUUUCCUCCUUUCUACCUUGGCUUCCAGAGAUUAAAUUCACAUUGUCAGAUUUGGAUGAUGGCAAACACUUUACUCGCUGAGCCAAUUUUUAAAUUACAUUUAUUUAUUUUAUGUUAUGUGUGAUUGUUUUGCUUGCAUGUGUCUGAGCACAGAUACCCCUGGAAGGGGUAUGUUAGGGAUGGUUGGAAACCACCAUGUGCUGGGAAUCAAACCCAGGGCUUCUGUAAGAGCAACCAGUACUCUUUUUUUUUUUUUUUUCGGAACUGGGGACCGAACCCAGGGCCUUGCGUUUGCUAGGCAAGCGCUCUACUACUGAGCUAAAUCCCCAACCCCGCAACCAGUGCUCUUAACCACUGAGCCAUCUCUAUAGGCUUGCCUGCCUGCCUUGCCUUUCUUUUCUCUUUCUCUUUUUGCAUUCCCGCCCGCCCUUCCUCCCUCCCUCCCUCUCUCCCUUUAGUUUGUUUUGUAAUUUAAAGGAAAAUAUUUAUUUUUCCCAUAUAUUACACCCUGACUGCAGUUUCUCCUCCCUUCUCCCCUCCUUGCCCUACACCCCCACUCACUUUCCUUCCUUUCCUUUGAGAAAAGGGCAGGCCUCCCAUGGAUAUCAACCAAGUACAGCAUAUAAAGUUGUAGUAAGACUAGGCACCUCCCUGAUAUUAGGGCUGGAUGAGGUAGCCCAAUAGGAGUAAAAGGGUCCCAAAAGCUGGCAAAAGAUUCAGAGACAGCCUCUACUUCCAUUGUUAGGAAUUUCACAAGAAAACCAAAGUACACAACCAUAACAUAUGUGCAUAGGGCCUAGGGCAGGCCCAUAAAGGUGCCCUGAUUAUAGGUUUAGUCUUUGAGCAGCUGUGACCCUGGUCAGUUGAUACUGUGGGUUGUUCUGUGGUGUCCUUGAGUCCUCUGGCUCCUACAGUAGUUCUUCCACUUCUCUGAUUCCUCCAUCUACUGAGUGGUUUGCUGUGGGUAUCUGCAUCUACUCCUAUCAGUUGCUGGCUGAAGCCUCUAAUAACAAGUAUGCUAUCCCCUUUCAUUGUUUUUAAAUUAACUUCACUGCAGGGCAUGAUGGCACUCUUCAAUCCCAGCACUUGGGAGGCAGAGGCAGGCAGAUCUCUGUACGUUUGAGGCCAGCCUGGUCUAUAAAGCAAGUUCCAGGACUUUCAGGGAUGUUACAUAAAGAAAUCUUGUCUUGAAACAAACAAACCAACAAUUCCCCCUGCCCUGCUGCCAAAAAAAAAAAAAAAAAAAAAAAAAGGGAAUAGCUUAAGUUUCCUUUAUUCCAUCCUCCAAAUCAUCAUUAUAUAUUUAGUUGCAAUCUGAUCCAUAAAUUAUAGGACCUGUUUCUCAACUUGAGUUUGUCCAAUUUACUUAAUCGGAGUUUUAUAAAGAAAAUAAUGUUUUCAGAGUUCUACACUUAAAGCUACCAGAUGCCAUCUUUUUUUUUUCCACUGAGAAAUUAUUUUUCAUAUACUAAUAAUUACAAGUAUGAUAGUUUUCACUGUAUCUUCUAUAUCUAGGUAGAUUCUACAUGUGUCUGUUUUAUUUGUUUGCUUUUAGAGAUGGGGUCUCCUCAUGAGGUCUCAUGGCCAGUGGUAUCCUUGAAUUUACUCUAUUAGAGAUGGCCUUGAACUGAUCCCUCUGCCUCCAUUUCCUAAGUGCUGUUACAGGCAUACACCAACAUAUUUGAUAUUCGCUGUGCUGAGGAACAAGCCCAGGGCUUUGUGCAUGCUAGGUAAGCACUGUCACUGAAUACAUUCUCAGCUCUUGUUCUGUUCUUUGACACCAAGUCUCAUACUUACAGGCAAGGCUUGCUUGGAAUUCACUACUUAGAUUAGAUUGAAGCAGUCCUGCUUCAGAUUCCUCAGUACUAAUUGAGCCACCAACCUGGCUUCAAAUUAAUUGUUUUUUAAUGUAAAAAUUGCAUACAGAGUUUAGGAUCUUAGCCAUUGGGUGUGUAGUUGAGUGAUGUUAAACAUGUUUACCUUGUUGGAGCAUUACUCCCGUCUUGCAAAUUAAAACUGGCUAGACAACAGAUACCCUGUUUUCCUUCCCCAGAACCUGCCUGGCAACCACUAUGUCUACUCUGCUUCUGCUUGUUUUUUAUUUAAGUAGAGUAAUCCCCUCUAUCUAUGGGGGAUAUUUUUCAAGUUCUCCAAUUAUCUUAGGUACUUCUCAGAGACACACCUAAUAAGCCUUUGUGGGCCAUCCUCAUUCAAACUACUACAUUGCACUCCUAGCCCUCAUAGGCUUUUGUAGCCAGUUACAUCAUAAUGCUCAAAUGCACUCAGUCCAACUUUGAAAGUUCCUGUAGUCUAUUAUAAUCUCAGCACUGUUUAAAAGUCCAAAAUCUUUAUUGAGACUCAUGACAAUCUCUUUACCUCUAAUCUCCUGUAAGAUCAAAGUCAAAAGGUGCAUCACAUACUUCCAACAUACAGUGCCAUGGAAUAUAAAGGACCAUUUCAAAAGAGAGGAAAGGGAGCAAUGGACCCAAGCGAGACCAAAACCCAGCAGGGCAAACUCCACAAAUUUUACAUCUGCAUGUCUGAUGUCAAAAGUCUCUUAAGAUCUCCAGCUCUGGGCUGGAGAGAUGGAGCAUCGACUGCUCUUCCAGCGGUCCUGAGUCAAUUCCCAACAACCACAUGGUGGCUCACAACCAUCUGUAAUGCGAUCCGAUGCCCUCUUCUGGUGUGUCUGAAGACAGCGACAGUGUACUCCUAUACAUAAUAUAAAUAAAUAAAUCUUUUUAAAAAAAAAAAGAUCUCCAGGUCCUUUCAGUUGACUGCAACACACUCCUCUCUCUUAGGCUGGUUUCCCACAUCUUGGGAUCUCCCAACACAGUCCAUGCCUCACUUUCACAGCAUCAUGUAAUAGCCUCUCUGGGCUCCCAUGCUGAGAUACCUCUAACAUAUUCUGGCCUCAGCAACUUUGAUGAGCAAAAAAGAGAUUAUAAACUCCUUGUAUCUUGGUAAAAGCUGUAAAGUGGCCUCGUGGUCAUGGCCAAAGCAGUCAAGUUCUGAUGCUUGCUGACACUGGAACUUGGCCCCCCACUUUCAAUGACACUUACAUUCAGCUUUCUAUUGAUGGGUCUCUUCACUGCUUAAGCCUUUUAAUCUUUUUUUUUUUCACAAGUUGGAAGCUUAGCUUGGGGUGGGGUAGUCUUGUCCUGAGGUUACCAUCAUGCCCUUUAUUCCGUUUAGCAUCAGGCUUGUCUUUAAACUUUUUAUUUCCUGGAGCAUAAGACUUGACCAGCAAAACAUUUCCUGUUGUUCCUUUUCUUCAAAAGCUGUACCUUUUAUAUAUCUCUUUGCUUCAAGUGUUCCUUUUCAUUGUAGGUCUGUGUAAGUGAUUACUAAUGACCACAUGACACAAUCAAUGCUAGGCUGUCUUGAAUCUCCUCUGCCAGUGCUAUUAAUCUAAAACUCUUCAAUUUAGUGUCACGCAGAUUUUCACAGCAAGGACAAAAAGCAGCCACAUUUAUUGCCAGAUAGCACAAGAAUGGUCUCCAGGCUACUUAUUAAUAUUCUUCCCCUCUGAAACUUUUAGUGGUCCCCACAGUUCAAGUCAUUGUAAGCAUUACCACCUUCCAUGCUUCUACUAGGAUGGCCCAAUAAGCCCCUCUCAAGAGCAUUCAACCUGGUGUUCUAAAGUACAAGAGUUUUACUUAUUUUCCCAGCAAACCGCAUGAUCAGACCUGUCAUAGCAGUACUCCAGUCCCUGGCAUCAACUUAUAUCUUGGUGUUCUGUUAUGAAGUGACCAGGGCAACUGUGGUGAAAGAAGCUUGCUUAUAAUUUUAGAGGUUUAGUCCAAUAUCAGCAUAGGGCAUGCAGGUAUGUGCUGCAAUAGUAGCUGAAAGCUGAAAGCUACAUCCAGGUCAGCAGGCAGAGAGUCAUGGGGGGGCCUGAUGGGCUUUUGAAACCUCAAAGCCCACCCCUCAUCAAUGUACUUCUCCAACAAGGCCAUACCUAUAUGAGCCUAUGGGGCCAUUCAUUUUUCAAAGCACCACAUUCUGGAAGCCUGAAACUGAAGCCCAUGUAAAUUGGCUUUUUUCCCUCUGUACACUUAAUAAGUUUGUUGUUUUUGGGUAGUGACCCAAAAGUCUUUCAAGUUUAUAUGAUUAAAAACUCUUUGGUAACUAGCUAAUUUGAAGUUAAAAAUAGGUUUGUCUUCAUAGUUGUCACUAUUAAGUGUAACUUAAUCAGUUUUAUUCUGCUUUGGGCAUUAACUAAGCUUGUAAUUAUUUACUAUUUAACAGCACAGAGUUCUAGGUGGCAUGUGCCUGUAAUUCCAGAACUCCUGAGGCUGGAGGAUCAUGAAUUCAAAGUAGGCUUAGGUUAUAUAGUGAGAAGCUAUUUACAAGCUCUAAUUUUUAGAUACUCUGAAGUUUUAAAAAUCAAGACGUUUGUAGAUGUAGUUCUAAAUAAAGUACUUACUUGUUUUGGGGGAUGUUGACAAACAGGGCCAUAUGUGUAUUGGGCCUCAUCACUGAGUGGUUACACUUAGUCCCUCUAAUUAUCACUUCUGACAUCUCAAUGCUACAAGUGGUUUUCAUAAGUCUUUUUGAUAACUUAUUUAAUUUCAUACUAUAUUAGGUAGCAGGUAUUUAUUAAACAUACAAAUGCUAAAAUGUUAAUUAUUGAACAUCAGUUCAAAGCUACAUGCAGUUCAUUUCUACAAAGUUCAUAAAUGUAGUUCAUUUCUACAAAGAAUGAAAGGCCUUUGGAUCUGUUGAUUAGACACUUGGUGAACUAUAAAGUUGGUCUGUGAGAAAACAGAUAAUGCUGUAAUGCACAUCUCAGCAAGCUGAGAUGCACAGGAUUCUAAAAUGUGCUAGCUUAUAGUUUUCUACCUCUUAGACUUCUCUGGAAAUUAAUGGUUACUUAGGGUUUAUUAUUAUUGUUAUUAUUAUUACUAUUAGUACUACUGCUGCUGCUACUGAGACAAAGUCUAGGUAGCACAAGCUAAUCUUGAGCUCAUGUAGCCAACAUGUGUGUGUGUAUAUGUGUGAAUGUUUAUGUGUGUAUGUGUGCUUUUAUUUUUCUGUUACAGAACCAUUAAAUAAAAAUAACACUGUUACAGAGCCAUUAAUAACAAUAUGGAUUUGGGGAGGGGGUUGGGAAUGGAGAGAUGCAGGCAACAAUCAGGGUGGGGCAGUGUGUGUCCAGUCCUGGCAGGGACUUGGGCUAUAGUCAUCUGAUUGGCUGGGCUGUGGUUGCUUAUGCAUGCCGUGCAGCUUGGCCAGCAGCUCCUGGAUGAUGCCCUCUGUUGGAUUUGUGUAGUACUCCAAGAGCCCCUGGAUUUUGCAUCUUCUUUCCUCUUGACUGUCCAAUUCCAACAGUUCAUCAUCAAUAUUGACUUCAUUUGGCAUAUCUGACUCUGCUAAGGUACAACAGCUACUUUUUUCAUGUCUGUCCUGUACUGUGACUUCCAUUGGUUGUACUUAAUAGUAACUUGUACACUAGCUGUUUCUGCAGCCUGAUGGUGCCAACCACCCCCAUGUUCCCCCACUCCAGUUUGCUUAGCACUCACUUGCCCAGCUUGCUAUGCUGCCACUGUCUUGUGACUCUCCGAUCCCCUGUCUAAUAUUUGAUCCUGUAGUUGUAUGUUGCUGUGUGAGUAAGUGCCCACUGAGGCCAGAGCAGUAGGAUCUCCUAGUAGGUUGUGAGUCACUUAACAUGGGAACUGACACUCAGAUUCUGGUUCUCUUAGAAGGGCAGUAAUGUUCUUAACCACUGAGCCAUCUCUCCAACCCCAACCUGGUCCUCUUGAUUCUACAUCACAAGUUUUGGGAUUUGAUUAUAGGCAUGUGUACCGUGUUUAGCCUACAAUUAUAAUAGAUAUAUUUUACAUUUGAGAAAGUAAAGACUUACCAUAACUAGGACAAUAUACUGUAACAAAAUUAUUAUAUGGAGCACUGAAACUGGAAAGUCACCUAGGUAUGGGAGGCUGCUGUACUUACAGACAUCCUAUAAGUGGACUUAAGUAUCUCCUUGAGGCCCACAUGGUGUAGGGAAGUGACAUGAUUUAUGGUGUUGUGUUGUUUUUUGAGACAGGUUUUAGGCAUGUGCUCCUAUAUCCAACUGGUAAUUCUGUUUUAAAGGGAAUGGAUGCAAUUUUGUUGGUAAAACUUUCUAUUGCAUUUAGGUGCUGUUGAAUUAAUUUCAUUGGUCCUGAUUAAAUAUUGAUCUAAGUAAAAUCUUACAAAGAAAUGUGAAACAAAACAAGCUUGCUUCACACUUUCCUGUCUUUAUAACCUAGCCUGUCACUGAUUUUAAGAAGAAGUGUGUGUGUGUGUAGUUGCAGAGGUCACCCUCAGGAGCCAUUGACCUUGUUUUUAUUUAUUUUUUCUUUCUUUCCUAUCUUGCCUUUUGAGACAGGGUUUCACUAGACCCAAGACUCACUAAUUCGGCUAGGCUAGCAGCUGAACGAGAUCUAUCCAGGGAUCUACCCAUCUUCUCCCGAGUUUGGAUUAUAUAUAUACCAUCACACCCAGUGUUUUCUAUGGUGAUAGAGAUUGAACUCAGGCCCUCAUGUUUCUGUAGUCUUGGUUUACUGACUGAGCUAUCAUCUCAGUACCUGAGAGGUAGUAUCUGAACACAUCUGCUUGAAAUAAAAUAAAUCUGGAUAUUAUUUUCCAAGUGGUUAAACUGUUUUUUCCUGUUGUGUGUGUGUGUGUGUGUGUGUGUGUGUGUGUGUGUGUGUGUGUGUGUGCAGGGGUCUUCAUUUUUCUCUUCUCUUGACCUCUUUGCUGAGGGUAGUUUGAUAUAUCUAGAGUGCUUAGGCCUUCUCAACUAACUCUCACUGAGUCAUUAGUGUCUUCUAACUCCCAUGCUUGCCUAUAGAUAAUACUUUUCCAUUUUGUAUUUUUGUGUAUAAUUUUUAAAAGAAUCCCUUCCUACAUGUACUUCUUAGCAAAAAGAAUUGGCGAGAAACAAAGGAGAAUCAGUUGUACUCUGCUGAAGUGUUCUACAUAGAGGGAAAAUAGUUAAUUUGAGGUCAGAAAUGAGUUGAUUGAGGGUGCUGGUAAGUUCAUGCAGAUUAACACUGCCAUCAUAAAAAGGAAUAAACUGAACUUUCCUACUCUGAAGUGAGCAUUGUGACACAUGCCUGGAAUUCAGCACUGAGAAGUCCAUGUGUUAAAAGACAGUUUCAGCUACAUGGUAAGUCCCAGGUAAACCUGGGGUACAAGAGUCAGCCUUAAAAAACCCAAAAUUAUAAAGAUAAACCGAGAAAUAUACCUGGUUUAAAAUAGGUAGUUAUUGGUAAACAUUUCAGUUAGGUUUCAAGCAUUCUCCUGGAAAGUAAUUUUGAUUAUGUUUCUGAGCUUAAUCCAGGAAGCAAAAAAGUAUAAGACUGAUUAGCAAUAUUAGAAAUUAUGAGCAAAAUCAUGAAUAAUACCUUUAUCUUAAAUGGGGUUCAAAACCUAGAAUGAAAUAAACCAUUUCUUUUGGAUUUUGGAGACAGGGUCUCACUAUGUAGCCCACGCAGACCCCAGAAGAUCUUCCUGCCUCAGCCUGACCUAGUCUGGGGUAACUGAUGUUUUCAUUCACAGUUCAUGUCACUUUGACACUGUCAUUUACUCACAGAAGUGAUAGGGAUUGUUUGCUUAUUGGUUUGUUUGACAGGGUCUUUAAUGAAUGUUGGACCCUCCUGCCUUCGUGUCCCAAAUAGGCUAGGGUUACUAGUGUAAGCCAGGCACGUUUUACCAUGCCCAGUGUUUGCAUUGCAGGGACUUGAACCCAGGACUUUGAUCAUGCUACAGAAGUUCUCUGCUAACUGAGCUACAUCCCUAAACUCCUAGACUGUGCUGCUUCACCGAUGUCCUAGUCCUAAGCAAAAAAAAGUGUUAAACACCAAGGUUCAUUUCCUCCUUUAACUUUGGUGCUUGCUACUUGUUCGAAAGAGUUUUGAAAACAAUUUGAAAAUAAUUGUAGCCACAGGAAGUGCAAAGUUGGUAUAGAGGUCUCUUGGAUCAUUAUCUACUUUUCCUUCACAAAUGAUUUUUAUUUACUUAUUUUGUGUGGUGCUGGGGAUCUAUGCCAGGCAAGCAGUGAUCUAUAACCUAUGCCGUGUGUGUGUGUGGGGGGGUGGGGGGGUGGAUAGAAACUUGCAAUAUAGCCUAAGAUGUCUUAGAAUCUAGAUUCUCCUAUCUUAGCCCCCACUAUGUACCAUCAUAUCUGACAGAUUUUUUUUUUUUUUUUUUUGAGCUGAAGAUUGAAGCCCUUGGGCCUAGCAAAUACUCCGCCAUUCAGCUGUGCCCCUGUCAGAAUCUUUCUGUGGUAAUUAAAGACGAAAGAUGAGAUGGGUUAGAAUGAGUCACCAAUGUCUAAGUGCUGUGCCACACAUGGAGAAGAUACUCAGCAUACCACCUAGUUCUUGGAGCGUUUGCAAGCAGUUCUUUAAGAAGAAGCUCAUGCAAGAGAUUCCUUCCCACCUCUCAUUUGCACCCUGCUCAUUUCCCUCUGCUGAGGUUUGGGCCCCAUGGGAUCCCUGUGACAGUAUUUCCCAAAAGGGAAUGUAAGGACAAACCGGACGCCAUGCAGCUUCAAAGUAACACAUUCCAAGAAGGGAUAGAAGUCAAGCGGGAAGUGAAUGGUGCUAUUCCCGAUGCCCUUUCUCCAGUCCCUCCUCCUGAUUGCCUGUGGACUUCCAAACCACCUCCUCUCUUCCAUGAAGGAGCACCUUAUCCUCCCCCCUUGUUUAUCAGGGACACAUAUAACCAAUCAAUACCUCAGCCUCCUCCCCGGAAAAUUAAGCGACCCAAACGAAAAAUGUACAGGGAAGAACCCACUUCAAUAAUGAAUGCGAUAAAGCUACGUCCCAGGCAAGUCCUGUGUGAUAAGUGUAAAAACAGUGUUGUUGCAGAAAAGAAGGAAAUUAGGAAAGGUAGCAGUGACUCUUCUAGGUAUGAAGAUAAAAAACGGAGAAACGAUAGUGUAGCUACUGUGAACAAAAAACUGAAAACUGACCAUAAAGUGGAUGGGAAAAACCAAAACGAAAGCCAGAGAAGGAAUGCUGUGGUGAGGGUUUCCAGUAUCCCUCAUAGCAGGGGCAGAGUAGUCAAGGUUUCUGCUCAGGCAAAUACAUCAAAAGCUCAGUUAAAUACCAAGAAAGUGCUUCAGAGCAAGAACAUGGAUCACGCAAAAGCUCGGGAAGUAUUGAAAAUUGCCAAAGAAAAGGCACAGAAGAAGCAAAGUGAAACCUCCACUUCCAAAAAUGCGCACUCGAAAGUCCAUUUCACACGCCGGUAUCAGAAUCCUAGCUCAGGUUCUCUCCCACCUCGAGUGCGCUUAAAACCACAACGGUACAGGAAUGAAGAAAACGACUCUUCUCUGAAGACGGGACUGGAGAAAAUUCGGAGUGGCAAGCUGGCCCCUAAGCCGCAGUCUCGAUGUACCUCCACCCGCUCAGCAGGUGAGGCCCCUUCAGAAACACAGAGCCCCUCAGAAGGCCCAGAAGAGUCCCCCAGUGAGGUUCAGGACACAAGCAAAGUGCAUGUGCCUGGGGAGCAGGAGGAGCUGCGGACGUUGGGCAAAAAGGGCAGCAAAAGCAGUAUAUCUGUUUACCUGACCAUAAACCAAGAGAAAUCUGACUCUUCCAGUGCUUCAGUGUGUAGCAUUGAUAGCAUGGAUGAUUUGAAAUCCUCCAACUCUGAGUGUAGCUCCUCUGAGAGCUGCGUUUUUCCUCCCGGCUGUAUGCACGCACCCUCUGCCUCUUCCACUUCUACUUCCUCCUCUUCAAAGGAAGAGGAGGGCCUCAGUAAUUCCUUGAAAAUGAAAAUCUUUUCCAAAAACGUCUCUAAAUGUAUCACACCAGAUGGCAGGACCAUAUGCGUAGGGGACAUUGUUUGGGCCAAGAUAUAUGGCUUCCCAUGGUGGCCAGCCCGUAUUCUUACUAUAACUGUGAGCCGGAGAGAUAACGGCCUUUUAGCCCGGCAGGAGGCCCGUAUUUCAUGGUUUGCAUCUCCAACAACAUCUUUCCUUGCUCUGUCACAACUCUCCCCCUUUCUAGAAAACUUCCAGUUACGGUUUAAUAAGAAGAGAAAGGGUCUGUAUCGCAGGGCUAUCACAGAGGCGGCUAAGGCUGCUAAGCAGCUGACCCCUGAAGUGCGGGCUUUGUUGACACAAUUUGAAACAUGAACAUGGACAGUAAGGUAGGCAAGAACCACUGGAGCUGCUGCAGAUCCCUGGCUAGUUAGGAGUCGUUUCCACUAGCUAGCUUAGCCAAACUGGAGAGAAAUUGCACUCACUUGGCUUUUUAUAUGUAAUAUAUAGCCAUUUUUAGACUAAGAAGCUUAAAACUGAAACAUGCUUCAAAUUUCCUCUUCAAGAAGUAGGAUUUUAAGAAUAUUUUCCAGUUUUGAAAUUGAAAACCAUCCUAAGGCAUAGAAGCCAUAGCUUCAAAUGAAACAGUUGUUGCAGGGACUGUUAAUUGCCAUUUGUAGCUAGUGUAUGUGUGUGUGUGCAUAUAAAUACAUGUACAUACACACAACAACACACCUACAUACAUACACAUGUAUAAACUAUUGUCUGUCACCAUGUGACACAGGUUGCAAUAUUUGGGGUUUUAGUAAGGGCUGGAGCUUGGGGAACGGUGGCUACUCAAUGAUUACUUGUUUUAUAACAGUGAACACUUAGACUCUCUAUGCACAUAAUGGUGUAAAAGCUUGGUCCUGGGUAUUUGACAGAUAGGUGCUUGCUGUGACACAUUGGGAUGCUUGCUGUUUAGUAAUAGCUGACCAGGCUGUACACAUCGCCCAGUAUGGGAUUAAAACUAUUAAGACUAGACAAGUUCGAGUCAGCACUCUCUUGUCCGGUUAGGUUGUAAAACAAACAGAUACUUAGUUGGGACAUUUCGAUAGGUUUUAUUUGGCGUAUAUAAAUAGUUGAGUGAAAAUUUAGUCAGAUUUCUCCUGACUGGCUGUUCCUAAAUUCUUAGGACAGGUCCUAGUAAUUAACACUUUGUGAAUUAAUGUCAUGUGUAAUUGUUGCAUUUUGGAUGUACCUAAUUUGAUAGUUUUUAAGAAGCAUUUUCCAGUUAAGGUAAUCUGUUUGCAGGUCAGAAAAUGAGAAAUGUAAUUGUAUAAUGCAUUGAAAUGUAAAAAAAAACAAAAAAAGCUGUAAAUAAAAUCAACUAAAUCCAAA